UGCGCGAGACAUUGAGGCGCAGUCUGUGAACAGUUGUGUGUUAAGUGUUUUGAGUCAUAGAGCCGGUUUUAAUAUAUCUCAGAUAUGUUUUAAUUCACAUUAAGUAUCAGCACCCACAGAGGAGAUGGUCAACGGCGAGAGAAUCUGCUUCACAAUUUAACGGUUUGCUUAAAACGAGACAUUAUAGCGUCUAAUAAUACAAUAUAUGUAGUCAAGUAGAAGAUAUGUUCAGCUGAGACGGGAGGGGGGAAUGGAGGGCUGAAAUUGAUCUGUACUGGACGGUCUGAAUGUAUUUACUUGACGGGGGAAAAAUACAGCGUUAACUGUUUGGAAACGAAAGGAUGGAUAAACGUGUAAAGGUGUGUUGGCAAUAGAAGCCCGAGUAAACAGCAUUGCUUGGAGGCCCAUCCACGUGAGAAGGAUCAAACUGCAAGUUCCCAAACACGCAGGCUGGAGCGAAUCCAUUUUGUAGCACGCUGUGUUGUGCACUGCGUCGAGGAGAAGGCCUGGUCAAGAUUGUGUGCGGUUAAACUAGCACCAUUGAUGAGACCAGAUAAUACCUGGGGGCUGUGUUGUGGCUUUUUCAUAUUUUUUUUUAAUCAAUUCAAAGAACUGUUUCCAACAAGUACACAACUGCAUCCUAAUGUGAAAAGGAUUACUAAAUGAAAGUUACAAAUCACUGCAUAAUUUCAACAAAAUAACACCAACCGUAAGCAUUGUUGAGUAUACCCCCAUUAAAACAAUUGAUAUUUAAAGAGAUAGAACAUAUGUAAAGUUGUUUUACAUUUUUUUUUAAAUUAUUUUUAAACUGAGCGGACAAGAGGAUUUGUAGAAAUAUAAAACUGGACUGACUUCAACUUUGGCUUGCAAAGCUUGUGCAGGUUUCCAGGAGGAGUGUGGAGUGCUGUACGGUCCCUGUGGGGUCUCUGUUUAGCAAUGGCCUUCACAAACUACAGCAGCUUAAAUCGAGCACAGCUCACCUUCGAAUACCUGCACACAAACUCAACCACUCAUGAAUUCCUGUUUGGAGCCCUUGCUGAGCUGGUGGAUAAUGCAAGAGAUGCUGAGGCCACAAGAAUUGAUAUCUACACCGAGAAGAAGCCGGAGUUGCGGGGCGGGUACACUCUGUGUUUCCUUGAUGACGGGACUGGAAUGGACCCCAGUGAAGCAACCCACGUGAUCCAGUUUGGAAAAUCCAGCAAAAGGUCCUCAGAGUCGACGCAGAUUGGGCAGUACGGCAAUGGAUUGAAAUCGGGUUCAAUGCGAAUCGGGAAGGACUUCAUCCUUUUCACAAAGAAAGAGAACAAGAUGACCUGCCUGUUCUUGUCUCGUACGUUUCACGAGGAGGAGGCAAUUGAUGAGGUGAUUGUUCCACUCCCUACAUGGAGCUACAAAACCAAGCAGCCAAUCACAGAUAACCCUGAGAAAUUUGCAAUUGAAACAGAACUGAUAUACAAAUACUCCCCUUUUAAGUCAGAAGCACAGAUCAUGGAGCAGUUUAAUAAAAUCGAAGGGGACAGUGGGACGCUGGUUAUUAUCUAUAACCUCAAGCUGAUGGACAAUCACGAGACAGAGCUGGAUGUCACUUCUGAUCCCCAGGACAUCCUGAUGGCCGGGACCCCUUUGGAGGGAGUGAAACCUGAGAGGCGAUCCUUCCGAGCCUAUGCUGCGGUUCUGUAUAUUGACCCCCGAAUGAGGAUCUUUAUCCAGGGCAUCAAAGUCAGGACCAAGCGACUCUCCAGCUGCCUUUACAAACCAAGGAUGUAUCGAUACACAUCAACACGUUUCAAAACCCGGGCAGAGCAGGAGGUGAAAAAAGCUGAUCACUUGGCAAAAGUUGCGGAAGAGAAGGCGAGAGAGGCGGAGAGCAAAGCUCGAGCGCUGGAGCUCAAACUGGGAGGAGAUCUUGCAAGGGAGGCCCGGGCGCUGCUCCGGAAGGCACAGGAUGCUGCUGUGAUGCUGCGCAGGGAGGCGGAUAUGAAGAAGCGAAUACAGGACGCCAAGCAAAAAGCCCUGAAGGAGCCCAAAGAGCUGUGUUUUAUUUUUGGGGUUAACAUCGCCCAGCGAGAGCUAGAUGGGAUGUUUGUGCACAACUGCAGCCGGCUCAUCAAGAUGUAUGAGAAGGUGGGGCCGCAGCUUGAGGGAGGAAUGGCGUGUGGAGGGGUGGUGGGGGUGGUUGAUGUCCCUUAUCUGGUGCUGGAGCCCACGCACAACAAGCAGGACUUUGCUGAUAACAAAGAGUAUCGACACCUACUGAGGGCUAUGGGAGACCACCUGGCACAGUACUGGAAAGACAUUGGCAUCGCCCAGAAGGGGAUUGUUAAAUUCUGGGACGAGUUUGGUUACUUGUCGGCCAAUUGGAAUCAGCCUCCAUCCAGUGAAGUUCGCUACAAGCGGCGGAGAGCCAUGGAGAUCCCCAUCACCAUCCAGUGUGACAAGUGUUUGAAGUGGCGCACCCUCCCGUUCCAGAUACAGGCUGUCGACAAAGUGUACCCAGAUUCCUGGGUCUGCUCCAUGAAUCCGGAUGGCACGCAGGAUAGAUGUGAUGCUCUCGAGCAGAAGCCGAACCUUCCUGUCGGAACCCUGAAGAAAGACACGAAAUCUACUGAGGACAAACAAAAACAGCUCACUGAGAAAAUUCGCCAGCAACAGGAGAAACUAGAAGCUAUGCAGAAAACUACAACGGUCCGAUCCAGCGCAGACCUGAAAAACCUGCCGCUAGAGGUCGGCACGAGACUGGCAACAGAGACAGAGGCUCCCCGAACCUCUGAAAAAUUGCAGCGACCUCGCUCUCCACCACUGCCCACUAUGAUCAAAAAUGCACCAAGCCGCCCCCCUAUCUCCAAACCACCUCCCCUGAGCAAGAAACCCACUCCAAUACAGAUCCAAAAACCAGCUCCCCCACCCCCGCCCCGUCCGUCACUUGCCAAGAAAGAGGAGGUCAGCAAGGGAUGUGCCAGUGCAGUAAAGGUAGCGCCGCCCCCUCCUAAACCAGCACCACCCACCCCUAGGACUGCAGUGGCCAAACCCCCUGCCCGCCCCACCACUCAGAGGGGCCCACCAGCCCGCGCUGCACAGAGCACAGUGAAACAGGCAGCAGCAUCUGGCAGCCAACGCAAGAGGACUGCUCCUGAAACAGAGAGCAGCGAUGAGGAGGAUGAAGAUGAUGAGGUGGAGGAAGAGGAGGAGGAGCCACAGCCCAAAAAAACGAAACUGGCUGCAGCUACUCCACAGCAAGGGAAAGCAGUCGUGUCGAAGCCGGAGCCGAAGCGCGGGCGAGUGACAGAGCUGAGAGCCCAGACUGCAGACGGCAGCGUCGUGGUGGAGAGUGGGAAGAAGCAGAUGGCCAAUGUGCAGCGGAGAAACCUUCCUCCUGCAGAAAGCAGCGAGGAGGAAGAGGAGGUGGUGAACACCAAAAAGUACAAAAUGGCGGCUGCAACUGCGCCCCUAACAGCGAAAGCUGUUUUUAACAAGCGUGAGGCCAAACCUGAGCCUAAGCAUGCUGCAGUCCCGGAGUCCAGUGUUCGGAAAGCAGAGAGCAGCCCGGUGGUGGAGAGUGGGAAGAAGCAGAUGACCAAUGUGCAGCGGAGAAACCUUCCUCCUGCAGAAAGCAGCGAGGAGGAAGAGGAGGUGGUGAACACCAAAAAGUACAAAAUGGCGGCUGCAACUGCGCCCCUAACAGCGAAAGCUGUUUUUAACAAGCGUGAGGCCAAACCUGAGCCUAAGCAUGCUGCAGUCCCGGAGUCCAGUGUUCGGAAAGCAGAGAGCAGCCCGGUGGUGGAGAUCACAGACAGCCCUGAUGAGGAGGAGGAAGUGCUGGAUCUGAAAAGCGCUCAGAAAGACAAAGGGCUCUUAGUGGAGGUGAAGGUGAAUAAAGAGUGGUUUACAGGCCGUGUCACUGCAGUGGAGGCUCGGAAGCAGGGCAUGCGAUGGAAGGUGAAGUUUGAUUAUGUCCCGACCACUACAACCCCACGUGACAGAUGGGUGCUGAAGAACAGCGAGGAUGUACGUUUGAUGAGACCCCCCUCCCCUGAAUCACAGACCCCUGACACACUUCAAGGGGGUGAGGAGGAGGAAGAGGAAGAGGAGGGUGCAGCUGCUAGGAGAAUGGAACCUGACACCACCCAGCCAGCUGCCAGCAGGGAGACCACAGAAAGCCUUGUUACCAUGAUGAGGACGUUUUUAAGAUACUUCUUUCCCCCAAAUUUCCGGAUCCCGAAGGAGGAUGUCAACAGCAUGUCUGCAGAGGAACUGGUGGCUUUUCCAAUGAAAGAGUAUUUCCAGCAGUACGAGGUGGGGCUGCAGAGCCUGUGCAACUCGUACCAGACGAGAGCGGAUGCACGGACACGAGUAGUGGAGGAGAAGAGUAACAGUGCUGAGGCAAGGCUCCGUGAAUCUGAGGAGAAGCUGCAGAAACUAAGAACCAACAUAGUGGCUCUGCUGCAGAAGGUUCAAGAGGAUAUUGAUAUCAACACAGAUGAUGAGUUGGAUGCCUACAUUGAAGACCUGCUCACCAAAGGGGAUUAACCCAGUCUUCUUGGGGCUUACUGUCAUCCUACAACAGCUGACAGACAAUACAACACAUCCAACAUGGCUCUCAUUUGAACCACUUUUACUACCUAACAGACCAUCCCAUGUCUUCCUAAUGGUUCUGUGAUUCCAGGAAUUAUUGGGUAACAGCACUGGAGGGUUUUCCUGCUCUUUUAAAGUGAAGAGGGGUGACCACCCUGAAGCAAGGAGAAAGGGUAUUGGAGCCCACACACAUCAGUUGACCACUCUCUCUCCUUGUUUUGCCCCUUCUGGGAUUUCUGUACAUGCUGGUCAAUUGCAUAAUGAUUACCCCCUUUACAAAGGCCAGCAUAACCUGGUGGGCUGAAGGAUUAGGAGGAUUUUUUAUGACGAUAAACAUUUUUUUUGUUUUCUUUUCAAUUUACCUGGAGUCAAGAUGUGUAUGAAACUUGAACAUCAGGGAUUCUGCAAUAUUACUUUUCCAUGAUAUUCUCUGGUUUUAUACUAGGGGGAAAAUACAAUUGUAUAUAACAGAUGGAACAAAAUAUACAUUUAACAACAUGUGAUGGAGGUGUGUUUCUACCUUGGACCGAUGGUUUGAACAGGAGAAUCUCUGAACAGUUUGAAGCAGUAUGUCCUUCACCCCCCAAGAAUAGGUAAGGGUGUGACUUAAGAGGUUCCAAGGACCUACAGUGCCAACAAACCUGAAGAAGUAUACAGAAAUGCAUGACAGCAGUGGACCGCAAGACCUUUUUCUAACGCCUGUUUCAGUUUUGACACACAUUCUUUUAUGGUUUUCCUGUGUUUAAGUUUAGCAUCACUUCCACAAGGGUGAUGGAGCAUGCAUGAUGCACACUUUUGCUUGGACUUCCAUGUAAUGUGCAGAACUGUACUUGUUGGAGGACUUCUUUACAAUUGCAUAACAUGACAAGUGUCCUACCCAUCUUUGCAGGAGCUAUUCCGAUUACUUUACCAGUAGAGUGAAUCCUGAAUUUUACUUACUUAUAUGUUGGUUUUUGUUUUAGAAAUUUGCAGAUUUCAGAAAAAGCUGGAAAAUAUUUUGGUGGACUGUUUAUUUCCCAAUCUUUAUGGGACUUCUGUGUUCUGUAAUUGCAAACUGUCAUCUAGACAGUUAAUUUUAAAAUUAAGAAAAAAGAAUUAACGAUUUGUUUUAGUAAAUUGUCUGGUUUGUUUGUUUUGAGAGACCAGGUAGCGUGUUUGUGUUUUUUGUCUCUUCAGAAAAUCCAGCUGCACUCACCCACAAUGACCACUAACCCACUUCCCUCCUUAACUGGUAAACAUCCUUUAAUAGAUUGUUGGCAUACAUGCUCAAAUUUGAGAAGUCUUGUUCAGAAAAGUUGUACGGUGCUAAAGUUUGAUGCCACAAACAAAAAACAAACUUAGGAUCAAUGAUACAAUUCAGAGACAACACAGGAAAAUAACUGGUGUGUUGAUACCAUUUAACUAGUUUAAGAAGUUAUGUUUACUGAGUCCUUUUUAAAUAUGAAGUAUUUCAUCAGAUAUGUUUUGUAAUAAUGAAAGUGCCAGCUAUGAAGACAGUUAUGGGGAAAAGAUACCUCAAUAAAGAGUUGAUACUGUAGCCAGACAGGAGAAAAAUUCAAAGCACUAUAGUAAAAUUGACAAGUGUGCUGUGGCGUAUUUAAUGUUGUUUAAAAAUGUUUAAUUGAACCUAUGAAACCCACCCAGGUGCCAAGGUAUGUAAUGCCUUUUAUACCAGGUGUGGAAUUACCAUAUACAAUAUAGCAGAUGUAUUUAUACAGCUCAUGGUUCCCAUGGUGCUUUGCAAAGUAAAAAGGUCAGUGUAGGUGAUAUAGAAAUGCAGAGUCUUGAAACUGAAAGUCUUCAAUUGGAGUAGUGUUACUGCGAACACCACUGGUGCCUCAGACACUCAGAUUGUAGCCAGGGACACUACAAGAAAGUAUUCUGGCAACAGUGUUUUGUAGCUUGAGCAAUGAAGUGAUUGGAAGGACACAGAGCAAUUGCUGUAAUCAAGCUUCAGUAUACCAGAAGCACAAAUCAGAAUAGCAACAUCAAGAGUUAGCCUUAACCUUUCAACGUUGUCAGAAAUAUUUUAGCACAGGAGAUUGUCAGAAGACAUGGAAUGCAAAGACAAAUAAAAAGUCUGACAGUUAAUGUGGAAUUAAUCAUCAAAAGGAAUUGCCUGGAAAUAAGUCAUUCUUUUAUAUGGUGUUUGAAAAGCAAUGGGAUACAGUUGUCGUUUUAGUUUUUGUAAGCCAUUCCAAGGCAUCUGGGGUUGCUGUGUGGAGUCCACUUUUUCCGCCAGAAUACGUGUUUAUUGGGCAAUCAUCAGUGAUGUGCUUGGGUUGCUAGUCCUUGAUCUUCCGUUUAUGGAAGAAAUAGCCACGCCUCCCGUGUGUUGUUUGGAUGUGGUUGAGAGAGGUCCACUGUCACUGGGGCAAGGAGUAAACAGGCUGUUCCGUCGUAGGGUUUUCGAUAAGGUCCUUGUUUGGGACAACGCUGUUUUCCCACAUCUCGGGCUGUUGGAUGGCGGGGGUCCUUUCCGCCUGACAGAAGAGUCAAGGCAUGAAUAAGUAAUUGAAGAGACUGGAGUGGUGAAAGCCAUGGAAGGUUCGAGGUGGGUCGUAAAGCCCAUAAUGAAGUGGACUACAAGGAAUCAAACCAUCUGGCAUGUAGGGGGUUUACUGACAGCAUUACCAGGAAGAGUGAAAUAAAUAUUGCAACCAUGUGUAUGAAAAAUCUUGAUUAUGAUGAAAUGUCUAAUGUUUAUACAGUUGUAGUGUAUUAAAUGCAAAAUGUAGGCAAUGGCACACCACAGCUCAUGAAAGUUACAGUAGUGGCCCUGUAGCUAUAAACUUGCCUGUAUAACAUACAGGAACUGUACCACCUGGUCUUAUGCGUCAUUUCAAAUGCAUUUCGGUGCUUUUUCCAACCGUGGCCAUCCUUAGAAGUUGUUGUCCUGUGUCCAAAAGAUCACUGGUGGAUUGUGGGAUAGUAUUGUGCUGUGUUUUAACCACUUUUAACCACUUUCACCAACUGAAAACCUACUUACAGUACCAUGCUGUAUGUGCGUAUGUCAAGUUUCCCCAUUCUAUUCUGUGAGUGGUUUCUCAGGCUUGUGUUUCAAGUUUCAUUUCUUAAGGCAGUGCUGGUACUUUGAAUGUGCAAUGGAAGUUGGGGGGAGGAUCAGUUGACAUUUGUAUCCAAUUACGUGUCAUGUAGAGAUGUGUGUGUUUAGAAGACAGAUCUAUUGCGGGAAGCCAUUUAACUUUUACAA